AGCAAACUAGUUGAACGUUGAACGUUGAACACAGUGUUUGUUUGAUCGAAGUUGUAGAAAAAAGUGAAUAAAAAGUCAAGAUGUCUCUUCUGCCGUAUUUGUUAGACGACUCGCACUUUCUAAGACCAUCUCGGCUCAUAGAUCAACAUUUUGGUCUGACGUUGGAUCCAAAUGAUUUUCUUCAACCCUUAACUGUACCCAGGAUGGUAAUAAAAUGUCCGGCAGGAUAUCUAAGAAAUUGGAGGUCCUCUGCGUCUCAACAAGACACCGGAUCCACUGUCAAAUUGGACAAGGACAAAUUCCAUGCAAGUUUGGACGUACAGCAGUUCAAACCGGAAGAAAUUACCGUAAAAGUUACUGGAGAAAAUACAAUUACAGUGGAGGGUAAGCACGAGGAGAAAGAGGAUGAGCACGGCCAUAUUUACAGACAUUUUGUCAGGAAAUACGUUUUGCCCAAGAAUUGCGAUAUCAAUAAGGUAGAGUCCAAGUUGUCUUCUGAUGGAGUUUUAACUAUUGCCGCUCCGAAGAUUGGAGGCAAUGAAAUCGAACAUAAAGAAGUUCCCAUUACCCAUACUGGAGAGCCAGUCAAGGCUUUGGAACAACCAAAAGCAGGAGAUAAAAAGUAAUUAAAAAAAUUGCGAUGUAUUAAAAUUCCAUUGCUAGAUGUUCUACUAGCGUUAAACUAUUUGUAUUAUCAUUAUCUACCUCUUUUUUCACUUCACAUUUUUAAGAUUUUUUUGUUGAUAAGACUGUUAAUUUCUUAGGUUUUGUACUGAUUUUGUAGUUAAGUAAACAUUCAUGUCUUGUGAAUUAUAAUAAUAAAAUUCUAAAAAUA